GUGGCCGCCGUGUCAUCAAGCAGCUGCGGGGAAUGGCUCCGGUGCCGGGGGUGGGGGGCAGAGGGCCGGGGUGUGGGGCGCUGCGGCAGCAGGGCCCCCGGCCAGGUUGCUGCGAGGCCCUCUCUCCCUCCGGGCAUCUGUCUCUUCCAGCAGCCCAGGGGUUAAGGUGGUGGAGAGGGAUCAGCCCAGGGCCUGCGACUUCCUCUGCAGCCUUGGAAGGAACCUCUCCUCCGGACUGGGCGGCUGCUGCUGCUGCUGCUGCUGCUGCUGGGAGCUCCAGAGCGGGGAGGGCAGGGGAGCCAGCCCCCCUGCCCAGAAGGGGCCGGAGCAGCCCUGGCAUGGAGCACUGCUGCUGCUGGGCCAGUCUGCAGAGGGGAGCAGCAAGGGACGGCACACACUGGGCACCCAGUUCCCCAUUAACCCUCCCACGGGGCAAGGGGAGAGACGCUGCCUCCUGGGCGGGGAAGUGGCAGCGACCUUUGCCCACCUCCAGGCUGUUCAAUCAUUGACUGGUUGCCCCAGAGCCGAACGCCCCUUGAGCCAAGCUAGAAAAGGCGGUGCCAUCUCGGCUGCCCCUCUCUCGCGGGCUCGCCUCCCUCCUGCCACCCUCAGCCAUGGCCAAGGGCUUCUUCAUCAGCAGGACUUUGGGCAUCGUGGCCGUUGUCCUCGGGGUGGCCGCCGUGGCCACCAUCAUUGCCCUUUCGGUGGUCUAUGCCCAGGCAAAGCACAAGGCAGACAACCCGGUGGUCAACCCGGCACCCACCACCCCAGCGCCCACCACCCCAGCGCCCACCACGCCGGCGCCCACCACGCCGGCGCCCACCACUGGACCUGGCACCCUGGCGCCCACCACUGGACCUGGCACCCUGGCGCCCAGCACCAGACCUGGCACGGUGCCAGCCAGCACCACUAGCCACACCACUGCCCAGGAGAGCAUGCCCUGGACCAGCUGGCGGCUGCCCAAGACGCUGCUCCCGGAGUCCUACCGGGUCACCCUGCAGCCCUUCCUGAAGCCCAACAGCGAGAACCUCUACGUCUUCCAAGGGAGCAGCACCGCCUCCUUUGUGUGCGUGGAGCCCACCGACCUCAUCGUGAUCCACAGCAAGAAACUGAACUACACUCUCCAGGGGGGGUUCCACGCCUCCCUGGCCGGGGCGGGUGGGGCCCCGGCCCCCUCCAUCACCAAGAGCUGGCUGCAGAGUGACAGGGAGUACCUGGUGCUGCAGCUCAGCGCAGACCUGCAGGUGAACCAGACCUACGAGCUGCACAGCAACUUCACGGGCGAGCUGGCCGAUGACCUGGCCGGCUUCUACCGCAGCGAAUACAAGGAGGAUGGAAACACCACGGUGGUGGUGGCCACCACGCAGAUGCAAGCGGCCGAUGCCCGGAAAGCCUUUCCCUGCUUCGACGAGCCGGCCAUGAAGGCCAACUUCUCGGUGGUGCUGAUCCACCCGGCCGACCACGUGGCGCUCUCCAACAUGCCCGUCCAGAGCUCCACAGAGAUCCUCUUGGACGGGGAGAGAUGGAACAGGACAGAGUUCCAGCCCACCGUCCGGAUGUCCACCUACUUGCUGGCUUUCAUCGUCAGCCAGUUCAAGUUCCUGGAAGACUACCAGGAUGCCAUCCAGAUCCGGAUCUGGGGCCGGCCCAAAGCCAUUGAUGAGGGCCAAGGCGAUUACGCCCUCAACGUCACGGGGACCAUCCUCAGCUUCUUUGAGCAGCACUACAACACUUCGUAUCCUCUGAGCAAGUCAGACCAGGUCGCCCUCCCAGACUUCAAUGCCGGAGCCAUGGAGAACUGGGGGCUGGUGACCUACCGUGAGACCGCCCUCCUCUUUGACCCGCUCUUCUCCUCCAUUGGCAACAAGGAGCGGGUGCUGACCGUCAUCGCCCACGAGCUGGCCCACCAGUGGUUCGGGAACCUGGUGACGCUCAAGUGGUGGAACGAUCUGUGGCUGAACGAGGGAUUUGCAUCCUACGUGGAAUAUCUCGGCGCUGACGCGGCUGAGCCCACCUGGCACAUUAAAGACCUGAUGGUAUCCAACGAGGUCUACCGCGUCAUGGCCAUCGAUGCCCUGGCGUCCUCCCACCCGCUCUCCUUUCUCGAGGAUGAGAUCAACAGCCCCGCCCAAAUCAGCGAAGUCUUUGACGCCAUUGCCUACAGCAAGGGGGCCUCAGUGCUGCGGAUGCUCUCAGAAUUCCUCACGGAGGAGCGGUUUAAGAAGGGGCUGCAGUCGUACCUUCACACCUUUGCCUACGGGAACACUGUUGUCAAUGACCUCUGGGUUCACCUGCAGCAGGCAGUCGACGUGGACAGCUUUCCGCUCCCCGGCACCAUCAAGGAGAUUAUGGACACCUGGACCUUGCAGAUGGGCUUCCCGGUGCUGACCGUGGACACCGGCACUGGCAGCAUCACCCAGCAGCAUUUCCUGCUGGACUCUGCCUCCUCCGUUAAGCGACUCUCGCCAUUCAACUACACCUGGAUAGCGCCUGUCCCCUGGAUGACUUCAGAAGGCCAGGGAGGCAUGUACUGGCUCACCACCCGCACAGCGACCAAUUCCUCCUUCGCCACCUCUUCCGAUCCUAACAAGUGGCUGCUGCUCAACAUUAAUGUGACCGGCUAUUUCCGGGUGAAUUACGACUUGGGGAACUGGGAGCGGCUCCUGAGGCAGCUGGAGACGAACCACACGGCAGUCCCCAUCCUGAACCGUGCCCAGAUGAUAGAUGAUACCUUCAACUUGGCCAGGGCGAAGCACAUCAGCACCCUGCUGGCUCUGAACACAACCCUCUACUUGGACCAGGAGAGAGAGUACCUCCCAUGGGACGCUGCCCUCAGCAACCUCGGCUACUUCAAGCUCAUGUUUGACCGCAGUGAAGUCUACGGGCCCAUGAAGAAGUAUGUCCGGAAGCAGGUGAGGCCCCUCUUCGAGUACUUUAAGAACCUCACUGCAAACUGGAACACAAUCCCAGCUGGCCUGAUGGAGCAGUACAACGAGAUCCAAGCCAUCAGUACAGCCUGUUCCUACGGCAUCCCCGACUGCGAGCAGCUGGCCACCACCUUAUUCAACGAAUGGAGACAAAAUGCCACUGUCAACCCGAUCCCCCCCAACCUGCGCUCCGCCAUCUACUGCAGCGCCAUCGCCACGGGAGGCGAGGAGGCCUGGGACUUCGCCUGGGCACAGUUCGGGGCGUCCACUGUCGCCUCGGAGGCCGACAAGCUCCGUGGAGCCCUGGCUUGCAGCCAGGAGCCCUGGAUCCUCCAGAGAUACCUCCAGUAUUCGCUGAACCCCACCAAGAUCCGCCGGCAGGAUGCCACGUCCACCAUCACCAGCAUCGCCCGCAACGUGGUUGGGCAGAACCUGGUGUGGGACUUUGUGAGGGCCAACUGGAAGACCCUCUUUGAGCAGUAUGGCGGAGGCUCUUUCUCCUUCUCGAACCUCAUCCAGGGUGUGACGCAGAGAUUUGCUUCUGAAUUUGAACUCCAGCAGUUGGAGCAGUUCAAGCAGGACAAUGCUGACGUGGGAUUCGGCUCCGGCACCCGGGCUCUGGAGCAGGCCAUCGAGAAGACCAAGGCCAACAUCAAGUGGGUGGCCGAGAACAAGGCAGCCGUUCUGCAGUGGUUCCAGGAGGCCAGCUAGUAGAGAGCGCCCCCCGUGGUGGUGGUGGGGAGAGGACACUUGGCCCCCUUGCUGCCCAGGCUGACUCUCCUCAGCCUUUCCUGCCCCGGUGACCCCCUUGCUUCUUCCGGGAGCACCCAAAGACCCAGGCGAGGCCACUUCCUUUCCCCUCCUGCCCUGCUCUUUCCAGCCAUACUCGUUGCCCAUGAUGCUUUGCAGUGCCCGGCUGCCCGUGCACUCCACGCCCUCCCUCCUUGCAGUCCACUCUGCUCCCACAAUGCCUUGCACUGCCCAGGGGCUGCCUCUUGCACUGCCUGUUCCAACAACUAUCUCAGGGGUCCUGGAAAGGGCGGGAUGGAAUCUCCCCUCUGACUAUUGUGAUAUCCCCCCUUCCAGCCAAUUCUGUAUAGUUUUGUAACCCCAACUUUGUUAAUUAAAGGCCCUGUUGAAUUUUA